GCGCCUAACCAGACGCCAUGGACCUCCCGGACGAAGAGCUGAAGCAGCCGCUCGUGGACCCGCAGGAGGACGUCGCGCCUCCGCGGCCAGGAAGUGCCGGCGCCAACCGCAUGAUGCGCAAUCCGCCGAUGGACGCCGGCGCCGAAGAGGAGAAGGAGGAGGCACCGAGAGGCCAGGGGAUCCGUCCGCAGCAACAGCAGCAGAAGCUGCCGUAUGCAGCGCCGAACGUGCAUCCGUACGCAGUGCCCCAGUACCAGCCUCAGGGCUACGGCGGCGGCGCUGGCGCCGGAUGGGGCGGAGGCCAGGGCGAAGAGAAUGAUGGCGACCAGGGCAUCACGGUGGACAUUGUCUUCAGCGGCAUGUACACGCUCGCCGCCGCCUUCACCAUCAUCCAGGGCUUCGGCAUGCUCAUCCACUUCACAUAUGCAGCCGUCUCACUGGGCUUGUACACCAUGGCAUUCGGUGCAGCGAUCAUUCUGUACGACCUCAAGUCCGUGGUGAACGGCGUGAGCGUGGAGAUGUACCUGCCCUUCCUGGGCAACUACAUUGGCCGCGCAGCAACAAUUCUGUUCUUUGCUGUAUUGUGCGCGCAGACGUACGAGUACGCCGGCUGGACCAAGUUUAUCGUGCUAUACAACCUGCUGGUCGCCACGCUGCAAGGAUUCGUGUACUUCACCACCAAGACCGUGACGCCCAGCCAGCCUCAGAUGGACGACCUGCCCGACCUGUAA